AUGGCUGCCGCCGAGAUUGAACAGCACCAAGGCGGUGCGCUGCAGACAGCAAAGGAUCUCUUCUCCGGCGCUGUUGGCGGUAUUGCCCAAGUCCUGAUAGGUAUGGCCUCUCCUCCGUCUUUCCUCCCAUUAUCUCCAUCUUCCCCCCUGUGGUUCAAUGGCGGGACUCAAGUCGCACGUCUGGCGACGGUCCGAAGCGCUUUCUCGCGGCUCAUUACAAACCCACGCGCUGACCUUCUCCUCCUCCUCCCAGGCCAACCCUUCGACAUCGUCAAAGUCCGCCUGCAGACGUCGAACCAGUACGCCGGCGCUCUCGAGGCCGCCGCCUCCAUCUACAAGAAUGAGGGCGCCCUGGCCUUCUACAAGGGCACGCUGACGCCCCUCAUCGGCAUCGGCGCCUGUGUGUCGGUGCAGUUCGGCGCGUUCCACGCUGCCCGUCGGUGGCUCGAGGCUCGCAACUCCGCCCAGGGCAGGGCCUCCGAGCUCGGCUACGGCCAGUACUUCUUGGCCGGAGCCUUUGCCGGCGUAGCCAACGCGCCUCUGUCCGGCCCCAUCGAACACAUCCGUAUCCGCCUGCAGAGCCAGCCCCACGGCGAGGGACGCCUGUACAACGGGCCACUGGACUGUAUCCGCAAGGUCAGCUCCCACAACGGCGCCCUGAGCGGCCUCUACAGGGGCGAGGUCGUGACCGUCUGGCGAGAGUCCUUUGCCUACGGCGCCUGGUUCACCGCCUUCGAGUACCUCAUGAACGCCGACGCCGCCCGCAACGGCAUCGACCGCAAGCAGAUCCCCAGCUACAAGAUCGCCCUGUACGGAGGUCUCGCCGGCGAGGCCCUCUGGCUGGUCAGCUACCCCUUCGACGUCAUCAAGAGCAAGAUGCAGACGGAUGGCUUCGGCGCCCAGCAAAAGUACCCGACCAUGCGCUCGUGCUUCUCCGCCACAUGGCGCGCUGAUGGUGUCAGGGGCUUCUGGAAGGGCAUUGGACCUACGCUUCUCAGAGCUAUGCCUGUGAGCGCGGGCACCUUUGCCGUGGUUGAAAUGACUAUGCGGGCUAUCAACUAA